AUGGGACCCCUGGUCUACGCUAAGCAUCUGGUCUCGGGAUCACGGCUGCCCUUUACGGCCGCCUAUUUUGGUUCGAUUGCCAUGACUCUCUACUUUGCCAUCGGGCUUCAUUCGACCUUCCUCACGCUCAUCUCGUCUAUCUUCCAGCUGGCCGCCCUCCUCUGGUACCUCGUCAGCUACUUCCCCAUGGGCAGCACCGGCUUGCAGUUCAUGGGCCGGUUCGGUGCCCAGCGCGUCUCUUCUUGGAUAACCAACUAA